UUUUAACAGCUGAUUAUAUAAUUUGAUUUAAAUUUAAAAAAACUGAAAUUUUAUUUAAAUACAACUGGAUAAUCGAAAAAUCCAGAGAUAAUAUCUAACUUGGAAAUGAACUUAUUUUUGCUUGAUUGAGCUCAUUUAAAACUGCACGGAAAACUUUCAUUAGUGAAUAGAAAUUGCAUUCUAUUGUACGACAUUUGGAAACGGGUCACAGAUGGACUUUCUUACCUUUGAAUGCACAUGUAAUAUUAUUUAAAUAAGGUGGAGAUUUUUAAUAUGCAUUAUAAUUCGACAGUAAAUACUGAAUGAUUAUCAGUGUUGAUUUUUCAGUCAUCGACAUUUAGGGUGGUUUAAACCCACAUAUAAAAGAAACAAUAGCUUCGUAGUGUGCUUGCGUGUCUUGCUGAAUCUUCUAAACAAAUACUGACAUAUAUUGUCAAUAAGAGUAUAUAUUCUACACUAUAGGAAGAUCGUUAAACUGAUUGAUCUCAGAGGAUUUACGACAGAUCUCGUGUAUGGUAAUAAUCUCUGAAUUGAAUACGGACUGGUAUACUAUGUAACAUAUUAUUGAACCAAUUUGUGACAAAAUAGUGUAAAUUAUAUACGGUCAUGAUUUGCAAUUUAAAUUUGGCAUUAGACUUGUAAACAGAAGUAGAUAUUCACUGUGCUCGGAACAACAAAUCCAUGUCCUACUUCUAAAUGGAAGCUGUGGAAAUUAUUGGAAAUAUUAUGUGUGAAAUAAACUAAACAAUAAAUAGUGCUGAUACAUCUAGAAUAGUAGGAGUGUAUUACUAAAUUAGAUAAUUCUCAUCAGUUUAUCGGAAAAAAUACAAAACAUGUGGUAAAUACAUGUACAUGCAUUUGUCGACUGUUAUCAAUUUAAAUAAUUGAAAAUGUAAAUAUUGUACAAGUGACAAGAAAUCGUCGUAAUCAGUGAUUUUUCACCGUUAUCAAUAUACAUAUAUAUAUUAUUUGAUAAUGGAUCGACCACUCAGUUUAAACCUGGAUAGUCUGCCUGUCAACAUCAUGUCGGAAAAUGCACGGAAAAAAUACACAGAGGUUUUCAAUAAGCAGAACAAUAUCGCAGAAAAUGCUAUCCAGUCACUGGACUGUCUUAAUGAUCAAAUUGUGGAAUACAUUUUCCGACCAAGAAAUGGCGAAAUCUCUUUUGACACAGACUUGUCACCAAAACAUCAGGACACACUGAAGUCGUCUAUGGUUUUGAUUAGGCGACUUCUUCACGACGCUCAGAGUAAAUUCCGUAAGAUGGUGGAGGACAAUAAGAAAUUAGCUGCGAGAAUUGACGGUUCAAUAAACGCUGCUAACCAGGAAGUAAAUUCAUUAAGAGCUGAAUUGCUGGACACAAAUAAAAAGUUAACCGAAAUUAGUGAAAUAACUGAAUCAGCACCUCAACAGGAUAGUGGGACAAAGUGUGAUGAUGAACAUAUAAAUCCCAAACAAAGAGUCAAUGAAGAUAAUGAAAUGAAGCAAUUAAAAGAAGAAAACUCUCGGCUGAAAGCUCAGAAUGACAUUUUAUCUUCACAAGAAAAUGGCAAAGAUAUAAACUGUGAUAUAAGUAAAUAUGGUGAACUGAAACUAGAACUAAUUCAGACUAAACAGGAGCUUAAUAGAGCAAAGGAGGCAUUACAGGCCAUGAAAUCGGACAGAAAGAGAUUAAAGGCAGAAAAGUUAGAGCUUCUGAACCAGAUGAAACAGUUAUACACCACACUGGAGGAUAAAGAGACAGAGUUACGGGACUUUAUCAGAAAUUAUCAACAGAAAAUGGCAGAAAAUGAUGAAACCAUUAAACAGUUGGCACGUGAAAGAGAGGACACUGAACAGGAGAAAUGGGAGAUAAUCAAACAAGCUCGAGAUGCUCAGGAAAGGGCUGUAAUUCUACGCACACAACUGGAAUCUAAAGAGCAACACGUUAAAAAGUUGGAAAUGGAACUUUCUGUGAUGAAAGAACAAGCAGUGAAGACUGGGUAUACUUUACAUGUGCCGUCCACACCACCCACCAUCCGCUGUACCACACCUAACAGUGAAGAUCUGCCACCGUACGAAACACCACCAUUGUCAGCUAACCUCACACAUAAUGACUCAAGUUUUGAUGCACAGUUUGGUACACCAAAAGAAUUGAGAGAUCGUAGUAACUCCCUGACACCAUUGAUUGACAGUCAAAAUAAAAGUAGUAUAUCAUUACCCAUCAGUGAAACUUCGUCUGAAACCAAGAAGAAAAAGAGGAUCAGUCUGGGAUCCAUAUCUAAAGUGUUCACACGAGGGAGGGUCCGGAGGUCAAUAGCAAUACCUGUGGGAACUGAGUUAGAAGAUUCUCCUUCACCUUCAAGAAUUACCUUGUUAAAUCCAGAAAAUUACCAAGACAAGCUAAAGUUAGUGGAGCAGUCACGUGGUUGUCACAUGUCUACAUGGAAAGCCAAUCAGGUGUUAGCUUGGUUAGAGAUUGUCAUUAACAUGCCCAUGUAUGGAAAAACAUGUUCAGAAAAUGUUAAAAGUGGCAAGGUGUUACUUGGUUUAAGUGAUUCAGAGCUUGGCUCAGCCUUGUGUAUUACUAAUCCUAUGCAUCGGAAGAAGAUAAGAUUGGCUAUUGAGGAACAGAGAAAUCCUGGAGAGGCAAAAUAUCCCAAAAGUAGCAGGUUAGACCACACGUGGAUUGCUCAUCGAUGGAUACCAGAUCUAGGACUGUCUCAGUAUAAAUGUGAAUUUGAAAAUAAUCUUGUUGAUGGACGUAUAUUAAACAUUUUAUCGAAAAAAGAAAUGGAAAAACAUUUAAAUAUUCAUCGGAAGUUUCACCAGGCUAGUGUAUUACAUGCCGUUGAGUUACUGCGCAGGUUAAAUUUUGAUAAAGAGGUGCUUAUUGAGCGAAGAUCAAAGAGUGAAGAGGGUGACACAGAUCCUUUGGUCUGGACAAAUGAACGAGUCAUUAAAUGGGUUCAAUCAAUAGAUCUUGAGGAGUAUGCAGACAAUCUAAAGGACAGUGGUGUACAUGGUGCUAUUUUAGUUCUAGAGCCUCAGUUUAAUGCUGACACCUUGGCAACAGCUCUAGGCAUUCCUCCGUCAAAGUCCUACAUCAGACGUCAUCUCAAAACCGAGUUAGAAAGUCUAGUCAAACCAGCAAGAGAUAAUCUCACUUUAAACAAUAGCUUCUCAACAUUGGGCCGAAACUCAACUCUGGGUCGGUCAUUUCGUGGUCCAAAUUUGGACACAAGCGGAAGCAAAACUCGUAUUAGCUUCAGGGGCUCUCUUGGGCGGGCCUUUGGCAGGAAAGUCAAAGAAGACCUCAACAAGCUCACAAUAGAUGUAGAAACACCGAAACGCAAAAUCUCUGCCCCAUCAGACUUUAAACAUAAUACAUUACAGUCAGUGUUCGAACAGGAAAUCACACCCAAAACAAAUUCAUCAUAGCAUUAGCCCAGUCUGUGUUUUAUGUUUUUCGAUUGAUAAAUUCACAUGUUUUGUUGAUAUGACAGUAUUUUCCCUGAAGACUUCUGUUCAUUCAUUGUUUGAUGAUGUUGGUGUUUAAAAACCUUGACUGGGUAUUCAGCCACUGCAGGGUCGGUCAAAAUUAUCAAACACCUUCAAAAAUGGAAAAUUUUAAUUGAAAAAGGUUUUAUUUUUAUGUUUUUAUAUUAUCUGGGUUUUUUUUAAGUAUAAAGAUAUUAGUCCAACUAUGGCAAUUUUUGAUUAUCUUUUUUUGAUUAUUUUUAAAAAGAUUUUUUAAGUAUAUUUUUAAGUAUAUUUUUGCCACUUUGUUUUAAUUAAAAGUAAGGGAGGUAACAAUAUUAUAGUGUUGACUAUAAAGGAGUUAUCUCCCUCAUGUCUUCUUCAAUUGUCCUUCUGAAGUCUCGGGGACAAGCUGCCAUUGUUAACACUGCAUGUGAAUAUUGUACUAUAACAUAAUCACACAAUAUUUCAUUGUUUUAGGCCACACCAUUUGAAUUUGAUGUUAGUUGGAUUUAUUUGUUUCCUAUUUUUGCUCAAAAUGAAACAAAAUCAUAUCAUGUAAAAUAAAAUCCUAAUUUGUAUCAGUAGGUGAUUUUAAAGUUGAAAGAUAUUUGCUCCAUUACAGUGCUAAUAGAAUAUGGAAUAAUUUGUUUAUUUAGCCUUUAUAUAUAGGCUGCUCAUUCAGAAAAAAGGAGAAACUCUUUUGGAUAAAAAGUGUGUGUUCAAAAUUUUUAGAUAAUAUUAAGUAUGGUAAUUUAUUACACAUUUUAAUGAUAAUUUGUACUCUUCCUGAGUUCAAGUCUUAAGAAACUGUCUAUCACAGAAAAGAAAUUUGAUAAUAAUUUUUGAAUAACAACAAAAUUACUGAUUUCUUUAUUUCAUAAGAUAUAAAUGUAAUCACCAAAGAACAACUGUAAUUUGGCGUGGCCUAAAAUAUUUCAUUGUAUUUCAUGACAUUAUUCAUAAGGAACAGUAGAUGUAGUGUAGAUAUUUAAUACAAGCAUAAUUCAUUACUUUUUUGUAGUUUACAUAUCAUUUAUACAUACACACAAGCAUAAUACCAAAGACUUGAUAGUUUUUUUCAGUAUUGAAAUGUAAUCAAAAUUAUCUCCCUUAUAUUAUAAAAAUGUUGGGAGAAAAGAAAUUAUCUCCCUUAUAUUAUAAAAUGUUGGGAGAAAAGAAAUUAUCUCUCUUAUAUUUUU